GUGCCAUUUUGGAUGCAGCCUAGAGGUGGGGAAUCAAAGUGGGUUCCAUGUGUGGAACAGAAGUUCUGUGUGAUCUUUAUGGAUUUCAUUUAAACAUUAUGACCACAACCAGAACACACACACAGAGUACCCACACUCAGCGACAAACACACACACACUUUAUGGAUUCUGUGGUCAGAGUUGUGGUUUUCCUCAGAGUGCAUGUGAAACUCAUUAGUCUGUUUAUGGGUUCGGAGGAAAGACGAAACUGAUUGAAACUCCUAUCUUGUAAACAGCUCUGUGACAGCCUAUUGCGCAACGACUCAGUAAAAAGGAUGAAUUUAGACAGAGUAGGGUAGUUCUGUCUUCCACCUCCUCCCCCAAACUCCCCAUAUGACUGCAUGGAGACCAGAACAAGACAACUUCAGGGCCUAGGGAGCUUUAAGACAUACUGUUUCUCUAUUUAAAACAUUGAUAAUUCCUCAGAUUUCUGAAAGACAGAGCUGUUGCAUGGCAUAUCACUUUAUUUUUGGAUUGGCAAUAUGGCCAAAUUAUCAGUCCUUUGCCAACCAAAAAUGUUUCUCAAUCCACUUUAUUUAUUGGGCCUUUAAUCAUUUGAAGAUAAGUCCGUCCUCCACACCUCUCUCUCCCAUGACCCAGAAACCGAUAAGUGGUCAGGUGGUGAUGACAAUUCGUUAGUAGGCGACAGAUGAGUGUCCUUCCCUCCUUGAUAGCCACCUUUCAUCAAGUUGUCAUUUUUGUAAGUUUUGAAAUCUGCCACACCCCCUUUUGAUUUAGCUUCUUUUUUUGUUGAGAAAAGCAUACACACGUUUAAAAACAAUAUGGAACUUAUUGUGCCUUUUAAAAUGACCUACACAACUAAUUUAAUUGGUUUUUAAUCACUUCUCACUUAUUUUGGGCUCCACGACUAAAUGUAAUUCAACAGAUGAAGCGCGGUCAUGUCUAGAAGGGAUGCCGCUAAUGUGAAAGUGAUGUCAGUUUACAUAUUCAAGUCAAGUCGGAAAUCAUUUUAGCUAACCCUAACACUUUUCCUAACCUACUACCUUAAUUAUCCUAACCAGCUGCUUAAGUUUUGCUGACUUAGGAAAAGGGAGGCAAGAGAGGGCAGAGUAAAGAGGACGCAGGAGUUGCGCAAAUCCAAUUGAGAAAAGGCAUGGCUUCCAUACAUUAACCAUACACAUCCUAUCUGCCUGACAGCUUCACUAAAGAAACUCAGAGCCUUGUGUAUAGAUAAGAACGUUUACUCUCCUCCCCAGCCUGAAAUCAAACUCCCAACUCUAUUCAUGCUGUUGAAUAGCACACCUGCCUGCCAUGUCCCGUAUGACGACUAGACUGACUGCAUCAGGCCUUCCCAACGACAUUUUAUGCAAAACAUCAUGUUUCCCUCCAUAGGAUGUCAUCAUUUGAUUUGAAUACGACAUCAGUUGACCUUUUUAGAUUAUGAAUUGUUUUGUCAUAAGAUAAGUGUUUGCUUUAGGGCUCAGUCUAUAAUAUAACUAGGCUUGCAAAAAAAAUGUAUCAAAGGAGAGUUGUUGAACAUUACAAGCUGACGUUAAUUUGCGUUUAUGUGGGUCGGUCUGUUUUUACCCGUUUUUUUCUAGUUUUACAUUCAAGAGGGAAAUUGAAAACCGUUCGUCUCAUUUGCAUAACGUUUUCUCACCGGGGAGAAAGAGGACUCCCCUUACUUCCAUACAUCAUGCUUGAGCCUCAUCUACAUGAGAACUGUCCCCGCGCACUGACGGGACUUGACCACAAUAAAGACAGAUGCUCGCAAGCCUUUAUGUGGUUAACUGAAAAGGAAUUAAGGCGCGUGGUGUUUUAAAAGAAGGUGCCUUGGCAUGUUUUCUUUUCUCUCUCUGACAAUAUUGAGACGAAUUGUUAAAAAUCUAUGCAUGAAUGAAAAGAGGAUCUGAAAAAAGGCUGUGUUAUCAAUGGGUCUGGGUUGAUAGGACAACCUCGAAUUUUGGGAAAUGUUUCGGUCUGUCAUUUUAUUUCACGAUGACAUGAGUUAUUUGACCUAUACUUGAAACAGAGGACUUUAAAAUAUUAAAUAGGCCUACCUAAUUGAUGACAGCAUCCACGGUGUCUGUCUAAGUAGGCUAGUGCGAGUGUGUUGGCCCACACUGUUUUUCAUUUUGGUGUCACAUUUUAUGUUGUGCAAAUCAUCAGUUAUUGUUUCAAGUGCAUUGAGGGGUGUUGGGUCUAUGCGUUCCCUCAUGAAUGAUAAUCAGUGAGAUGGCUGUUGAGAAUAGAAUAGAACACUAUUUGAUCUGUGAUUGUAGAGAAAGGCGCUCGCUCUUGAGAAUAAAGAACAUCUGCCUCAGUUGAGCGCUUUCAUGACGGGCACACGGAAACUGUGGAAACUGGAUCACGAAGGUACUGGAAUUAACCGAACCGUUUGUUGGGCGAUAGCCCUUGUGCGUCUGUCCGAUUCUCUUCAUACUCUUGGCCGGGAUUUUGAUGCUGUCCAGCCACAAACGCACUUCGCCCGCCGCUUCUUGAGGGUCGAGUGAGUGAGCGAGCGAAUGAAUAAUCCUUUAGAUUCAGUAACAACACCAUUGAGGGAACUCUGCCCGAGUCGUCCAGUCUAGAGAGAAAUUGAGAGUGAAGGCGAGACGCUGCACGGGGACAAUGUCCUGAUCCACAACCGUUUACUUUAUGGCUACAGUUUAAUAACAGGACCUAACGGAUGACUUGCUAAAUAUAGACCACUAUUAACAAACGUUUUAGUUGACGACAAAACAUUUACUUACUGGUGUGGUUUUGCGAGUUGAUUUGGGUUCAUUAGACAUCUCACCAAUCCUCUCCACACACGGACCUUCUCUGCUGUGCUGAGCGUUUUUUCUAAAAGGCAUCCCCAGGUGAUGACCUCACUACUGUUCUCCAGCCCCACCCACGUUGUCAUGAAGGACCGCGAGCUGCCAUCAUCCUCCCUCACCCUCCUCCACUACACCGGGACGGCAGUGCCUGUCAAGACACCCGGGGGUGGCCCCUUACCCUCCUCCUCCACCACCCUCCACACCUCCACCUCUCCAUCCCUCUCCAAACCUCCACCAUUCUGCCUGCAGUCCCUCCAGACCGGCCCUCACCUCCUCGCCAGCAUGCAGCUCCAGAAACUCAACUCCCACUACCAGAGUCUGGCUGGAGGUAUAAGUGGCGGCGUAGCCUCUGGGCCUACGUCAGGACCUCAGAGGGGGUUUGGGGCCUCAACACUGGGCUCGGCGGGGCAGCUGGUGGGGGGUACCCCUGGAGGUGUUGGAGGGAGGAAUCAGGGCUGUGGGGGGAUUAUUGACUCUGACCCGGUGGACGAGGAGGUUCUGAUGUCGUUGGUUGUAGAGCUGGGGUUGGACCAGGCUAACGAGCUGCCUGAACUCUGGCUAGGACAGAACGAGUUUGACUUCAUAGCGGAUGUACCUGCCGGAUGCUGACCCACACAAAUGGAGGGAUGAAAGGAGGAGAUUUGUGCUCUCUCAUUCUUUCCUUUUCAUUACUCUCUAGGUUGGAUUGACAUAAACUCUAAUGUCCCGGCUGGGUGCUCACCCAAACACACGAAAUUAGACAUUUUUUUGGGGGUCACCCUCUGUUUUUCUCUAAAGGACAAGUUAUGGACACAACCUGACCCAAAAAGAGCAUGCUGUUCUCUUGUUUUUCCUCUGUAUCCUGUUCUAAAUUUAAAGGAGAAAGGAUAGACACAGGGUCUAAUGUUUUUGUGUGUCUCACAGAAAAUACUAUGUUACUGAGGGAACCUGAGCCUCGGGCCUGUCUGUCAAUUUCACUCUACUUCCCAAGGGCCCCCUACACACACACCGGCAGAAGGAGGGAUGGAUGGUAUUACGAUCCGGUAAUGGAAGUAGCAGCCGUGAAACAGGCACUUGUCACUUAUUCAGUUACCCCAACAUUCAGGAGAGUUCAGCGGGUUUGAUGGAACACCAGGGUGUGUGUGUGUGUGAUUAUUCAGGUCCCUGUGACAUAAGACAGACAUGACAGGAGGCAUCAGAAGCCUGUGUAGUCUCGGUGGACCGGUGUAACCUGACCUGUAUGGUGCUGUCAGUGUCUGUAUCUAAAUAAAUUAAUGAGUCUUAACGUCCGUGGUCUUCGUGUCCUGGUAACUCUGUAGGUGAAAUGAAUCAUAGUUCCUGCCCCAUCAUUCUGUCUGUCUAUUAUAAGUCUCUUCAUCUGUCCACUGUGGUCCUAGAGCCAAGACGCUCCAUUACUACCUACUCUGCUGUUGUACCGUCAAUGUGUAUGUCCAAAAUGGCACCCAAUUCCCCAAAUAGGGCACUACUUUUGACCAGGGCCCAUGCACUACUUUUGACCAGAGCCCUGUGUGUCCUGUUAAAAAGUAGUGCUGUGUGUAUAUAUAUAUAUGAGAGAAUAGGGUGCCAUAUAGGACAUGUACAAUAGUUCCUGAGGGUUACAUGUAAUGAGGCGGUUAAAGAAGGGUGAUUUUUUGGAGGGGGGUUGACUUGUGAGAGCUGAAGGCUAAUUAAUUAUAAACUAAUGAUUGUGUAAAUUAUAUAUUUUUUUGAACAGUACCUGUUCAGAAGACUCCAGAAACAAGAUUACCUCUUAAUAAAGAGGAAAUGUUCCAAUUGACUAAGUUCCCAUGUUCCAAGUGUGAGUCACUUGGCAUCAUCAUGCUUCUUUCACCAUGUGAUAUGUUGGUGUUUUUACCGUUUCGAGUUAGUCAGUCAGUAGGCCGACAGUAGACCAAAGCAGGAGUAGGCUACAUAUCUAAACAGGGUCCUUAUUGUUUUGUAGUUUUAGUUGCUGGAUCACUUGAUCGUAAGAGAGCACGAGUGUGUGUGACUGCUUGCAUGGGAAAAUAUUCCUGUAAGUUUCCCUUUAAGUUUUGACUCCACGGAAAUGCAAGAUAACUACACCAACUUAUUUCCUAAUCAGAAACCCUUUGAGCUUCCAGGCUAGCAAGAACAUUUACUUUUCAUUAAAUGUUUGUUUUACAUUCCUUAUGACAUUUCAGAUAUUUUUGUGGUCAUGUUCUUUUUGUUUUAGCUUGAAAAACACUUCUUGCUAUUGAUUUUGUAAUGGAAAAAAAAAUGUUGGAGAAAAAAAAAUGAAUCACUUGUCUAGCUACUGCACUGAUUGUAUGGUCCUAAGUUUCUCUCUUUAAAUCACACCUUUUUUUUAAUUGAGGCCUUAUUUUAGAAAAGGAGAGGGACCUAUUUCUUUUAUCUCUUUUCUUUUUGUUUUUGAAAUGACAGAUGGAAUCAUAACUGAUGUUGAUUUUUGUUUUAGCACUUUCUCCGUUUGCAUCUCAUUUGUAUCUUUAUGAAAAUAUGUACUAGAUCAUAUUGAAAUGCUUGUAUUUUUGUUACUUCACUGCAUUUGGGGUGGAAAAUAAAGAAUACCAAACUGAA